AUGAGAUUGUGGAACUUCUUAUCAGUAUUGUUCCUAUCAACGCUAAUAGCCGCCGAGACUCAUGAAUGGUGGUUCGAAACUGGUUGGGUUGAAAAUUGUAAUCCAGAUGGGGUAUUCCCCAGAUCCAUGAUUGGGUUCAAUGGCAGUUGGCCAUUGCCCAUAUUGAGAGUCAAGAAAUAUGACCGUGUCAUUUUACACUUGAUCAAUGGGUUUGACACUGCAAACACUACUUUGCAUUUCCAUGGUAUGUUCCAAGCUGGUUCGACUCAAAUGGAUGGCCCACCAAUGGUUACACAAUGCCCAAUUCCACAUGGAGAAGUUUACACUUAUAAUUUUAGUGUUGAUGGUCAAGUUGGGUCUUAUUGGUACCACUCACAUACUUCUGGUCAGUAUGGUGAUGGUAUGAGAGGUGCAUUCAUUAUUGAAGAACCAAGUGAGGACGAUUACCCAUAUGACUACGAUGAAGAAGUUGUCUUGACGUUGAAUGAACAUUACCACAAGACCUCCGAUGAAUUGUUGCCUGAUUUCUUGAGUAGGUUUAAUCCUACCGGUGCUGAACCGAUUAUUGAUAACCUCUUGUUCAACGAAACUAGAAAUGCUACUUGGAACGUUGAACCUAACAAGACGUAUUUGUUGAGAAUUAUCAACACCGGAAGAUUCAUAUCACAGUAUAUCUGGAUUGAAGAUCACAACAUGACUGUUGUUGAAGUUGAUGGUGUUUACACUGAACCAAAGGAGGCUAGCAUGCUUUAUGUCACCAUUGCUCAAAGGUACACUGUUUUGGUCCAUACUAAGAACUCCACCGACAAGAACUAUGCAUUCAUGAACAAGGCUGAUGAUACUAUGUUGGAUACCGUUCCAAAGGAUUUGCAAUUGAAUGGUACUAAUUACAUGAUGUACAAUGACGGCGACAAACCAGAACAAAAUUAUGUUGAUUCAAUUGACGAUUUCUUGGAUGAUUUCUACUUGGUUCCCUUGGAUAAGGAAGAGAUUUUAGAUGAUGCCGACUACACCGUUACUGUCCAAGUACAAAUGGACAAUUUGGGCAAUGGUGUCAAUUAUGCCUUUUUCAAUAACAUCUCCUACACAGCACCAAAAGUGCCAACCAUUCUUUCAGUGUUAUCUGCUGGUGAACAUUCAACAAAUGACUUGGUUUAUGGAUCAAACACAAACACAUUUGUUUUGGAAGAAGAUGAAGUUGUUGAUAUUGUUCUUAACAACUUGGAUACUGGUACCCACCCUUUCCAUUUACACGGACAUGUUUUCCAAGUCUUGGAAAGAGGAGAAGCUAGAGAUGAUGAUCAAGAUCCAAUUGCCUUUAAUGCUAGUGAUCAUGCCGAAUGGCCUAAAUACCCAAUGAAGAGAGAUACAUUGUAUGUGCGUCCACAAUCAUACUUUGUCAUUCGUUUCAAGGCUGACAAUCCAGGUGUCUGGUUUUUCCAUUGCCAUAUUGAAUGGCAUUUGGAUCAAGGUUUGGCAGUUGUGCUUGUUGAGAACCCUGAUGCUAUUAGAAACAAUGAAACCCAACAAAUUACCGACAACCACAAGGAAAUUUGUGAAAAAGUUGGCGUGCCAUGGAAAGGUAAUGCUGCUGGGAACGACGACAAUGUAUUGGAUUUAACCGGUGAGAAUGUCCAAGAAAAGAGAUUGCCUACUGGAUUCACCGCCAGAGGUAUCAUCGCUUUAGUAUUUUCAUGUGUUGCUGGUUUUGCUGGAUUGGCUGCUAUUGCCGUUUACGGUUUGCAAGAUAUCCCAGAUGUUGAAGAAAGAGUGGCCCAAGAUUUGAUGGUGGACAUCACCGACGGAGAAGAUGAAGAGAGCCGCGAUACUGCUGAUGAAAUUGUUGUUGAGGGAAACAGCUCCACUCAUGAAAACUCAUCAACAGCUAAGCACAGCGAUUAA